AUGCGGACCAACUGGCGGGAUUUGACGGAGCACCACUGUCCCCGCUUUGGCCGCGAGCGUACGGUGGCGAUGCCCAUACUGGAGCCCAAGGGGGUCAAGGGGGAGGUCAAAGACUAUCGGAUCCAGCUGUCGUUCGACGGUGACCGCCUGGUGACGCCUUGGAUCCAGGUCAUGGGCGGCAAGGUGAUGGGCAUGCCACUGGUCAUCGUGCAGCUGCGGCGCGUUGGGGGGGAGCUGAGGGGUGUGCGCGCAGAGGUCAUCCCCCUGCCCGACGAGUUCCUGCUGUCCCACAGCGACAUGUACGAUGACUACGCAAACGCCACCCACUGGCCCAAGCACGUACUGCUGCACUACGACUGGCGCUCCAGCGCUGACGUGCAGUUUGACAACGGCCUCUACGUGAUGCUCGUGACGGGCCUGCUGGUGGCUCUGCUGGUGAGCGUCAACAACCUGGCCGGCCUGAAGGGGAAGCUGCAGGCCUUCCUGCGGGAUGUGGUCGGGGACAGCGACCCCCUGGACCCACUGCUGCCCCCAAGCCUCGCCGGCCCGCCGUCGCGUGGCUAUGGGGCUGCCGUGGGCAACGGGGCCUACGCAGCGGGCGGCGGCGGCUUCGUCGGCGGGGGCGGCUAUGGCGGGUCCGCUUAA